AUGAAGCCUACAGCUGCACCAACGCAAGCACCCACUGCUCCAUCAACGCAAGCACCCACUUCAAACUGGGUUAAUGGUGUUGGUUUAAUAAUCCCUGAAGGAGCUAUUGUUGGAGGCAAUGAUGGAGUAACUCUUACGAUUUGUAGAGCUCGUCAUGCUAUGGCUCGUCAUGCGGGCGUAUUGAUUCCUGGAAAAUAUGCUGCAUCAGUUGGUACUUGCUUUGUUGCUUUGGGUGGUAAGGAACAUACAACAUCUGAAUUCGAAGUAUACGUUGGAUCCGGUAGUUGGGUAGCUGGAGCUGGAUCGAAUAUUCCACCAAAUGCUUUGCUUGGUGUUGAACCUGAAGAUGGUGGUCCUGUUUAUGUUUGCCGUGUCAAUCAUUUAGGAACUGUCACCAUUGGAAAAUUGAGUACACAAGGUGUAUGCUAGAUCCCAUAUGGUGUACAAGAGCAUAGCUACACUGA